AGGACACGUUCAAAGUCAAGGUGAAGGUCGUAGAAAAUGGCUGAUCUGCAAAGAGAGUUUCUGUCAGGGUCCGCUGCUUGGAAAGCAUUGCAGGAGACUUUCAGUAAAAAUGGCUCAAGUAUCAGCAUGCCGCAGAUGUUCAAGGAGGAUUCGGACAGAUUUAAGAAAUACAGCAUCAACCUAAAGACCAAAGAUGGGGAUCUCCUUUUGGACUUUUCCAAGAACUUGAUUAAUGAUGAAGUCUUUCAGCAGCUUCUGCAGUUGGCGCGAGAUCGACAGGUGGAGAGGAUGAGAACUGCCAUGUUCGGAGGGGAGAAGAUCAACUUCACUGAGAGCAGGGCAGUCCUGCAUAUUGCUCUCCGCAACAGAUCCAACACACCAAUCAUGGUUGAUGGCAAAGAUGUGAUGCCCGAAGUGAAUGCAGUGCUGGCACACAUGCGUGAGUUCACCACGGAGGUGAUCUCUGGCCAGUGGAAGGGCUACACGGGAAAGUCUAUCACUGAUGUCGUCAAUAUUGGCAUCGGUGGAUCAGAUCUGGGUCCCCUUAUGGCCUAUGAGGCUCUGAAGCCGUUCAAAGUGGGCCCCAACAUCCACUUUGUGUCCAACAUCGAUGGCACUCACCUGGCGGAGACGGUCAAGAAGCUGGACCCCGAAACAACUCUGUUCAUCGUGGCAUCCAAGACUUUCACAACCCAGGAGACCAUCACCAAUGCCACCUCAGCCAAACUGUGGUUCCUGGAGACUGCCAAAGACGAAAAAGCUGUAUCCAAACAUUUUGUGGCUCUUUCUACAAAUGCGCCCAAAGUGAAGGAUUUCGGAAUUGAUGAGAAGAACAUGUUUGCCUUCUGGGAUUGGGUCGGUGGACGUUAUUCCUUGUGGUCCGCCAUUGGCCUCUCCAUUGCUCUGUCCAUAGGCAUGGAUAACUUUGAGCAGCUGCUGGAAGGGGGGCAUUACAUGGAUCAACAUUUCACCACUGCACCUCUGGAGCAAAACAUUCCAGUGAUCCUGGCCCUCCUGGGUGUCUGGUACAGCAACUUCUACAAGUCGGAGUCCAUCACCCUACUGCCAUAUGACCAGUACAUGCACCGGUUUGCAGCCUACUUCCAGCAGGGUGACAUGGAGAGCAACGGCAAGUACGUGACACGGAGUGGUCAGCGCGUGGACUACACCACCGGCCCCAUAGUGUGGGGAGAACCAGGGACAAAUGGGCAGCAUGCCUUCUACCAACUCAUCCAUCAAGGAACCCGCCUGAUUCCGUGUGACUUCCUGAUGCCAGUAGAGACACAUAACCCAGUACAGAAAGGCCUUCACCAUGAGAUCCUGCAAGCUAACUUCCUGGCCCAGACAGAGGCUCUGAUGAAAGGCAAGACCCGGGCAGAGGCUGAGGCUGAACUGAAGGCAUCUGGCAUGGAGGCUAGCAAGAUAGCCCACAUCCUGCCCCACAAGGUGUUUGAAGGCAAUCGUCCCAGCAACUCCAUCAUCUUCCAGAAACUCACACCAUUCAUGCUUGGAGCUCUCAUAGCCAUGUACGAAAUGAAGAUCUUCACCCAAGGUGUCAUCUGGGAUAUCAACUCCUUCGAUCAAUGGGGCGUUGAGCUGGGUAAGCAGCUAGCCAAGGUGAUCCAGCCAGAGCUGAGUGGCCCUGACCCCGUCAGCACCCAUGAUUCCUCCACAAAUGGACUCAUCAACUUCUUCAAGUCUCACAGGAAGUGACUGCAGUUAUCUCCCUUAGCUAUGACCUUCACUGAGGUCAAAUCCGACUGUCAAUACCAAAGUCACCUUUGAAGCACUCCUAAAGGGUAGAAUGUCUUUGCCAUUUUGCAAGUUUCGCCCAAUUCUACGCACUGCACUAUAAUAAACCUUCUCCAGAGCUCACAUACUAACUGAAAAUACUUGUUUGUUUUCUUAUCUUCUUUUGCUAGCUCAAUCAAACAUAAGUGAUAAAUGCAUCAUUCAGAUUGUUUUUGUUUUAUGAACAUUAUGAUGAAGUAAAGAAAAUAUUUUUGUAAUUUUAUUGAAUUAUUUGUAUCAAGUACCUGAAUGUUCACUUUUCACAGUCAGUGCUAUUUGACCUUAUACUAGAUAUAUUUUGUUGAAAAUUUGUUGAAAUCCAUUGAUUGGUUUAUAGGGCCCUAAACAGUUGACAAGUUGAUUAGAUCAGCCAUCAACUAGUUGGUCUUACCCACAGUUGACAAUAGUUGAUCAAAUCAACAGUCAACUAGUUGAUCAAGUUAAAAGUCAUGUAAAAAAUCAAGCAGUCAUUGGUGACUGAGUGUUGCAUUUCAGAUCAUUUGUGGAUGUAGCAUUUAUCAUUGGAUGAAGGUUUAGGAUAACACCCCUAGCUAUUCAAUUUGUAGCAUAACCAACUAAUUCCAGAUAUAUCCAUGAUUAAUGUGUUAACUGUCUCAUCCAUGUCAGGUUAUAUGCUUGCAGAGGCAUCAUAAAAUGUCUGUCAAGAGUGCUAGUAUGUUAAAUUAGAGAAUUGAAAUGCCAAAUCAAACGCAAUGGAUGCAGAAAUAACUGAUUCCAGCUCAUCAAUACUUAUACUGGUGGGACGAGGUGUUAGGGUGGGACAAUUCAUUGAUACGUCAAGUUUUGAUGAGACUAGUGUUAUAGGUCGAUGUAUCGAUACGAUGUUACAUUGGUAGUGGUCUAUUUGCAAUGUCAUCAUCAGCUUGAGUCUCUUUUUCUGUAUCACGAUACAUGUCGUAUCAUGAUAUCCUGGAUAUGUAUCGUAAUGUGAAUGUGUACAUCGUCCUGGCCCUAUACACCCGAUACCUUACGGAAUCUCACUGUUGGCUGUUGGAUGUUAUUGUUAUGUCAAAGAGACUUACUGUUUCUGCUUGUUUAAAAAAAGAUGUUUAGAAGUGACUGUUAUCUGCAAUAAACUGAAUGGGAAAUUG